CAUGUGACUAAAUGCUUUUGUAGCUGUCAAAAUGGAUUUUCAAACAUUUCGCAUUUAUGGCUCAAUGGCAGUUAUAUUGGGAUGUUUUAUAUUUCUUUAUCCUAAAUUACUUCAUCCGUUAAUACUCACCAUGUUUGGAAUGCAUGAACAACCAGGCAAUAGCCGAACUGAAGAUAUGCUUCCACCUUCAUUAAGAGGUCAACACCCUCACCUGGCCAGUCAGCAGGAUGAUGUGCAUGAAAACAUCAAGAAAAUGAGACAUGGUCCACAUCCUGGUAUGCGCGCUGCGGCAGCGGAGCAGGCCAAGCAGACUAAGGGUUCUUCAGGUCGUGGCGGCAUGAUGGGUGUCGUAUUGCCAAUGUAUGCCAUUGGUAUAGUGGUCUAUCUGGUUUAUACACUAGUCAAGGUAUUCGGCAAGAAGAACAACAAAAGCAAAUCAGACCAGAGAAGUAGCCCUACUCGUGGCCAGGAAACGCCCCAGCAGUCGGACACUCCAGAGGGUGAAGAAGGUAGAGUAUCCCCUGACGCAUUGCAGAGGCAGCUUAAGAAAUUGCAGGCAUUUUCUAGUAGCUUGCAGGAUAAUGAAAUGAAGGGUAUGGACAUGCGCAAGCUGCAGGAGCGCCUGGCGGAAACUGAAGCCCAGAUGUCCAAGAUCCUGCAGGCCAUGCAGUCUGUACAGAACAAGAUGGGCGAUGUGACUGCACCCAGUAGCUCCACCAAUCAGAACGCAAGCGCUGCGCAGAAGGCUGAAGAUGGGCAAAAUGUAAACGAUAUCAUUGGGAGCUCUACUGAGUCGACCCCAGACUCUGAGAGCUAUGAGAUUGUGAACAAGUCUGACAGGGAGUCCAGCGGGGAGGAGCAAGAAGGGAGCCCUCUGGAAACACUGGGUUCGAAAACAAGGGAAGAAGAAAAUAAUGAUGACGAAACCAAAAAUGAUGCAGAGAAAGAAGAGGAGGGAGAUUGCAUUGAAGAAGUCCUGCUGGAUGAUAUCAGCAAGCCUUCUGAGGUGGACACGACUGUGAGAAAGCGUCUGGUCAAGGCUGAGGACACAGUGGAUUCUUGAGUGCUGCUGAUUGAUGCAGUGUGUCAAUUGUGUCUUAAAUUGAUGGGAGAUUUGAUCACUGUUACAGCUACCUUAUAUUUGCAGGUUUUAGGUUUUUGUGUAUGGAACUUCCACGUUUGGAUUGCAGUUUUAUGUUCUUUUGCAAUUGUUUAAUUUUGCAAAGACACUCUUAUAGGUGGGGCAUCAAUUUUUUACCAUUCCUUGAAUUUAACACAAACUGACGCGAAUUCCUCUUUUUUCAAAAAAUAAAAAUUCCAUGAAUUUACCCGUCCACAAAAAAGUGAUUUUUAGAAACUUCAUGCCAAUUAAAGGGGCCUUUUCAUGUUUCCGUAAAUUGACAAAAUAAAAAAAAUCAGAUUCUCAAAUUUCGUUGUAGUUAUGAUAUUUGUGAGGAAACAGUAAUACUGAACAUUAACCAUGCUCUAAAAUAUCCAUUAUAUGCAUCAUUUGACGAUUAAAAAACCUGAAAAUUAUAAAGCGUUGCAACGCAAAACGAUUGAGUAAUUUGGAGAGUUUUGUUGUUGUUGUUUUAUUUUGUAAAACUACGAAAAUUGCUUAUAUAUAGUAUAAAAUUCAUCACUCGCUGUAUGAGCACGGAUGGCCUAGUGGUCUAAGUGUUAGACUUUUACUCCAGGGGUCAGUGGUUCCAGCCCAGUUGAGGGUUACUUUUUUCUUCCUUUAAUUUUUAUCUUGUUUUUUACUGGAGCAUUUAAGAUCCAAUGUUUACAUUUAUCAAUAUAUAGCAUUUUAUGACGGACUUCAAUACAUGCCAAAAUUAGUGAAAAGGCCCCUUUAACAAAUUGGGAAAUGAAAAACAGCGUGUGUAUGUAUUGAGCAGUAAUUUAUUUUAAGACAUAAUUGCAUUGUAAGAAAGAACACAAAACAAAAUUAAAAGUACACAGUCAUUUUAUUCAUUUUUGUAUGAAUACUGUUAAAUAACAUGUAUUGGUAAUUUAGUGUAAUAUUUUGGCAGUUUAUUGACAGCAGUAAUAGAUAGUUAUAGUUAGAAUUCCACUGGUUUUCAAGAGUUGCCACAUGGAAUUUUUGAAAAAUCUAGACAUCAAUGACAGGAUGGUGUCACGCUUGCUUAAAGUAAUUACAAUUUAUUAUUAUUAUUUUACAUAUGUACCAGGCAUAAUCUAGUAUAUAUAUAGCUCCAUAUAUACUAUAUCCAACCUCCAUUGAAAAUAUCAAUACUCCUCAGUAUAUAUAUAUAUCUCCAUAUAUACUGUCCAAUCUCCAUGUAUUAUUUGUAUUGAGCAGUAAUUUGUUUAAUAAACUAGUUACUAUUAACGUUAAAAGUGUGAAGUAUACGCCGGAAAGUAGAGGGUUGUAUGCUGAAUUCACCAUGGAUAUAUUCCUGUGAGUCUGUCUGUCACACAUUUUGACAUUUGGUUGCGGGGGUAUCUAUCACUGCUUGGACAUGCAUUAAUUAGAGUCUAGUUUAGGGUUUCAUAGUUUACCAAAUUGUUUCUACACAGUUUUAUUAUUAGAUUCAGUAAUGGGAAACUUAGCUGUUAUUGUUGUUAUGUAAUUCUUUCAUCAAAAUCCAUAAUUUUUCUUAUCUUGGUCUUUGUUUGCUGCAUUGGACAGAGCAAUAUAAAGAUUAAGUAAAUAGCAACAUGUCAAAAAGUAAGUGCAAUAUGAUAAUACCUGUUUAAUUAUAAAUAUGAGGUUGUAUUACUAUUUUUGUUUGGUUUGCACAAUUUGUAUUUGCCAGGAUUUUUAAACAGAAUUAUUGUAAACAAAGAAAUCAAAAAUUGUACAAAAAUACUGAGACUGUGUUUUUUUUUACCAGCACGCUAUUGUCCAAGUUGGCAAUGAAAAAACAAAAAUUGAACUUGGUUAUAUUUGUUUACUUAUUCUACUCUGGUCUACAUUAAGUUAAUAUUUAAAUGCAAUUUUUUAUUUUUGUUCAUUUUAUGACUUGUGAUAUUACAUAGAAUCUCUAUUUGUUUGUAAAUGCCUACCGAUAUACUUUCGGUAUACUUUCAGUAUUUAAUCUCUCUGUAUUGUAUGGGCUGAUACCUUUUACAUUCAGUUUGUUGUUUCUAUUCAUGCAGUCUUUAGCCGUAUGAUAUGCACUUUAUGUUUGAUGUUGUCUGUACCUUUUUGAAUGAGUUAUGGUAAUGUUUGAGUUUUUAUUAUUUUGUUCAUAUAUAUUGUUGCCCAUUUUUCUUUCAUCAUAUUAACUAUUUUUUGAUCAAUUGAUAGUUGUUUAGACUGCAUUUACAUUUUUAUGCCCCCAGAACAUAGAUUCUGGGGAUAAAUUAAAAUCGCACCUGUCCGUUAGUUAGUCCAUCCGUCCGUCCGGAUUAGUUUCCGCUCAAUAAGUCAAGCAAUUGUCAUCACAUCUUCACCAAACUUCAUGAAAAUGUGUAAGGCAAUAACAUCUAAGUCAAGUUCGAUAAUCAGCCAAAUUGACCCAGACACUCUUGAGUUACGGCCCUUGAAUCAUCGUAAAAUUGGGGUUUUUCUCCUCAAUAACUCGAGCAAUUGUCAUCUGAUCUUCACCAAACUUAAUGAAAAUGUGUAAGGCAAUAACAUCUAGGUCAAGUUCGAUUAUCGGCCAAAUUGACGCAGACACUCCUGAGUAACGGCCCUUGAAUCAUCGUAAAAAAAAAUAAUUCUCUUUUCUGCUCAAUUACUUGAGAAAAUGUCACAGGAGCUUUGCCUCACUUCAUGAAAAUGUGUAAGGCAAUAAUAUCUAGGUCAAGUUCGAUAAUAUAGCAUUUUUCGGGGGCAUGUCAUCCGAUGGAGACAGCUCUUGUUUUUAAGUAACCUGAAGUUUAAUUUUUCAUGAGCAGUUCUUGAACUAUUUGAUCUCUAAUAUUCCCACUCAAUGUAAUAUAUUAGGGAUGCAAGAGGUUAACCGGUUAACCUACCGAAACAACCAAUUAACCGUUUACAUUUUCUGGAAAAGGUUAACCUGGAAAAAUAUUUGAUUGUUUUUUUUCAUGGAAUAUUUUACUUUUUUCGCAUGACAUACUGCCAACUUGUGCUGGCGACUAGUUAGAACAACAUGCUGCACCAUUGACGGUAAUAUAUAACGUGUCAACAAUAAAAGAAAUAAAACAACUAAUCAAUAAUUUUGUAAAAACAAAUAGGGGUACGUUUAGAUAACCGACACUAUUGUUUUUUUUUACUCACUAAAAUUUAACUAGCGAACUGCAGUGAGAGGGAGCUAUAAGUGAAGAUGUAAUUGACACGUUUUAUUGAACAUCCAACACUGAUUGCUCACAAAAAUACCGUGUUUAUAAGUAACAAUUUUAUCAAGAAUUGCAUUUGUAGUUAAAAUCUUGACGAGUUAACAUCGUGUUUGUUUAUCAAAAAUUAAUAUCAUUGUAAUAAUUUACGUUCAACGAAUCCACCAUUCAACAAAUCCACCAUAGUCAGAUGCAAAUUUUAUUUAAGAAAGCAAAUUAUUAACUUAUUAAAUAAUUAAACAUCACUUAAAAAUAUUUAAAAAAUAGCACCGUUAAAUUGAGUAUUUGUGUAAUUGCUUAAAAUUUGCGCGUUAUGGUACGCUAACAAACAUACGAAACUAUCAGUAUUUGAGAUCAUAAUACUUAGUUACUUCGCUAUUAAAUAAAUAAACUGAUUUUAUUAGCGAGGCUGUUUUGGGAGACCCGAGGUAUUGUCAUAGCCUGCUCGUUGUCCGCCGGCGUCAUGCUAAAACCUUAACAAUGGCUCUAAAAUCAAAGUGCUUCCACCUACAACUUUGAAACUUCAUAUGUAGAUGCACCUUGAUGAGUUCUACACGCCAAACCCAUUUCGGGUCACUAUGUCAAAGGUCAAGGUCACUGUGACCUCUAAGAAAGAAAAAAAAUUCUGACAAGCUUUCGCAGCCGAGUGUGGCACCUGUUCUUUUGUUAAAUAUUCAACUUACAUUUCGUUCAAAAUUAAUUUAAUUUGCAGUCCUGUCCUUUAUUUUACCCACAUUUUUUAAUUGUACAUUGUAUAAUGAAAAUCAAACAAUACUACUUCGGCUACAAACGCUAAAAUGCAAACUACAAAAUAUGCAAUUAUCGAAUAAGAAGAGAUAUGGAUUCGUUGAACACAAAUGACCCACUUUACGUUGAAUUAAAAGGGGAAAAAACAUAUAUUAAGCCAAUUUGAGUUUCAACAAGAUGCAUUUGUGAAACACAAUGUCCCCCUAUAUGACGUUUGACUUUGAAGGAUGACCUUGACCUUGUGAAGGAUGACCUUGACCUUUCACCACUCAAAUUGUGCAGCUCCAUGAGAUACACAUGCAUGCCAAAUAUCAAGUUGCUAUAUUCAAUAUUGCAAAAGUAUUCAUAAAAUAAGCGAUUUGGGCCACAUAUAUUUGACCUCUGACCUUGAAGGAUGACCUUGACCUUUCACCACUCAAAAUGUGCAGCUCCAUGAGAUGCACAUGCAUGCCAAAUAUCAAGUUGCUAUCUUCAAUAUUGCAAAAGUAUUUAUAAAACAAGCGAUUUGGGCCACAUAUAUUUGACCUCUGACCUUGAAGGAUGACCUUGACCUUUCACCACUCAAAAUGUGCAGCUCCAUGAGAUACACAUGCAUGCCAAAUAUCAAGUUGCUAUCUUCAAUAUUGCAAAAGUAUUCAUAAAAUGAGUGAUUUUGGCCAUAUAUAUUUGACCUCUGACCUUGAAGGAUGACCUUGACCUUUAACCACUCAAAAUGUGCAGCUUCAUGAGAUACACAUGCAUGCCAAAUAUGAAGUUGCUAUCUUCAAUAUAGCAAAAGUUAUUGCAAAAUGUUAAAGUUGGCGCAAACAGACAGACCAACAGACAGGGCAAAAACAAUAUGUCCCCCACUUCUAUAGUGGGGGACAUAAAAAUUAAAACCGAAUGAACAAAGGAACACACCAUUUUUGUGAGCGAUACGACGCGAACGUAAUAUUAGCGGCCCAACCAAAAAUAAGUUAAUUACACGUAAAAAUGAACAUUGUGUAGUUCUUUAAUUUUUUACUCCUAUGCAUUUACGCAGGAAAAAUAAAUAAAAUAUAUAGCAUACAUUUAAAAAAUUAUUAAAAUAAAUUGUAUAAUACUUUUUAUUACGAAACUGGCAGGUUAUCAAUGCAAGCUAUUUCAAAUUUUUGUUUCUACAGAGGGUUUGAGCGGUAUGACAUUUUUUACGUACUCUAAAUCAUUUUAACUACUUAGGCGGUUGGGUUAACUGGUUAAUAACCGGUUAUGGAAAAAUGUUAACCAGUAAAUUAUUUUUGUAACCUCUUGCAUCCCUAUAAUAUAUAAUGAAGUUCUUGUUGAAUGUAUACCAUGGGUUUUGAUUACAUAUUAAUUCCUCCCCCUCCCCCCCCCCCCAUAAUACAUAAUAAAGGAUUUGUAAAAAGUUAUUUUGUAUGAUGAGUCACUGUUUGGUAUAAUCGUGUUAUUUUCAGUUGUUCAAAAAAUCCUUUAAUAUUCUUCAUUUGUUUAAUCAUUUUUUUAUUAAAUGUGGUGUUGUGGGUGAAAGCCUUUUGUGUGAAGCUUUUGCAAACUUAUAAAGUCCGUUUUUACGCACACAUAUAUACAUACAUUAUCUACUCAUUCUGUUUACAAUCUUCAUUUGCAAGCAACUAAAUCUUCGUGGAGAUGAUUUCAAUUGGUUUGGAUUUGAAGAGGCAAUACAUAUACAACAUGUUUAAAUAUACGUUCAUGUUAGAUGACAGAAGCUCAAGUACAAAACAGGAUUAUUUUGGCAAUGUGAAAGGAUCUGAAUUUAUUGCAUAAUUUUUCUUAACCCAUUUAUGCCUAGCGUCUAGAAAAAAGACCGUGACAAACAGUGUAGACCCAGAUGAGACGCCGCAUAAUGCGGCGUCUCAUCAGGGUCUGCGCUGUUUGCUGAAAGGCAUUUCUGUAAGAAAUAUUCUAAAUAUAGAAAUACAUAUACUAGACAUCCCAAAUUUUGGAAAUAAAUAGAUCCAAUUUAGAAGGAUGGGAGAGUCCACUAGGUGUACAUGGGUUAAAUCAGAUGUUUAAUACAUGUGUAGUGCAAUUGUGUUUACAAAAUAGUCUUAUUUGUUUAAUUUAGUUUAUUUAUAUAUUUUGGAUUUAUUUCUGGGUGUUUAUUAUGCCCCCCUUCGAAGAAGAGGGGGUAUAUUGCUUUGCUCAUGUCGGUCGGUCUGUCGGUCGGUCCACCAGGUGGUUGUCAGACGAUAACUCAAGAACGCUUAGGCCGAGGAUCAUGAAACUUCAUAGGUACAUUGAUCAUGACUCGCAGAUGACCCCUAUUGAUUUUGAGGUCACUAGGUCAAAGGUCAAGGUCACGGUGACCUGAAAUAGUAAAAUGGUUUUUGAAUGAUAACUCAAGAACGCAUACGCCUAGGAUCAUGAAACUUCAUGGAUAGAUUGAUCAUGACUCGCAGAUGACCCCUAUUGAUUUUGAAGUCACUAGGUCAAAGGUCAAGGUCAAGGUGACCCGAAAUAGUAAAAUGGUUUCCGGAUGAUAACUCAAGAAUGCAUAUGCCUAGGAUCGUGAAAUUUCAUGGGUAGAUUGAUCAUGACACGCAGAUGACCCCUAUUGAUUUUGAGGUCACUAGGUCAAAGGUCAAGGUGACGGUGACCCGAAAUAGUAAAAUGGUUUUCGGAUGAUAACUCAAGAAUGCAUAUGCCUAGGAUCAUGAAACUUCACAGGUAGAUUGAUCAUGACUCGCAGAUGACCCCUAUUGAUUUUGAGGUCACAAGUUCAAAGGUCAAGGUCACGGUGACCCGACUAGUAAAAUGAUUUUCGGAUGAUAACUCAAGAACUCUUUUGCCUAGGAUCAUGACACUUCAUAGGUACAUUGAUCGUGACUUGCAGAUGACCCCUAUUGAUUUUCAGGUCACUAGGUCAAAGGUCAAGGUCACAGUGACAAAAAACGUAUUCACACAAUGGCUGCCACUACAACGGACAGCCCAUAUGGGGGGCAUGCAUGUUUUACAAACAGCCCUUGUUUUGCAUUGUUUUUAUGUGUGCAGUAAAAAGGAAAUUAAACUGAUGUAAAAGAUGUUUAUCAUUUAAAACAAAUUUAUAAAUCACUUGAGGCAAUUCACAUACUUGCAUACCAAUUUUGCAAACAUGAAGUACAUUGGUUGAAAUUUUA